GUAGGAUUUCCCGUAAUUUUUAUUUGAGAAAACAAAGACCAUAUUUUUGUACUUUUAUGGAAAACAAGACAUAAAGAUGCCAAGUGGACGGCGUAUUUUAUCCCGUAUACAGUCAAAUUCGUAUAAUAGCAGCAGUAAAGGAGGGAAUGGGAGCCAUACAGAAGAUAGAGAUUCAAACAUGGUGCCCUUGGCACAGAUGGCUGUUCUCCCUAAACACUGCUAUCUCCCAGAAAUCCCCAGCGACCCCAACAUGUCAUUUGAGGCCAUGUUAUAUUUCUUUGGAGUGAUAGCCAUGGGACUUCAGUACAUUAAUCUGUACCGCACCGUGUGGUGGCUCCCACAUAGCCAUGCCAAUUAUGCCCUGAAUUUCUAUUUGAUCGAUGUUUAUCUCGUACUGUUUUUAUGUUUCCUGAUGUGCAGAAGAAUAGUUUGGUGCUUUGUUCAAGAGAUAUAUGGAUCUAGGUCCACAAAGAGUGUAGUAUAUUGGGUUGUUCAGCUAGUUAAAGGGGUACUCUUGUCUGUUAAUGCUCUUGGUCUGAUCUACACAGUGUACCAGGUCAUUACAAACCACUCAGCAUUGUACUGUCUGUUUCUCUCCUGUCCAGCUAUAACGUAUGUGUUCCUAUUUGGUCCUUCCAUAAAACCUUUGUACCAUAAAAGUCUGGUGUGGCCUUCACCUGUGUGCGAUCGACCACGACACAAAAAGGAGGAUGAGGAGGUCGUGUUGUACCAUAAUUGUGUAUUGACCCCUGAUGUAAUUAGGUCAGAGGUCGACCAAUUCAAGUCAGACUUCAAUAACAGGAUCAAGCAAGUUUUGUUCAAUUCCCUCCUUACAGCAUACUACAUGACUUUUGUGCCACUCUGUUUUGCGCAGCAUGUACAAAACACGUGUGACUCGUGUUGGAACACUUUGUACUACGACACAUGGUGGGUGGGUCAACACGUGGUGGUCACAUGGCUGUCUGCGUUUCUGAUGCUGAUAGUACAUUACCUGCCCCCUAAGUAUCUGGAUCUCUUACACAGGACAGCCCUUCAUUUGGGUCGCUGGCAGAAAGUGGAGGGGAGACACGCCCAUGUACCAUAUAAUGCGUGGUCAGAGUUAACAGUUUGGCCACAAGGUGCUCUAGUCAAACAUGUUAAGGGGUUGUUUAAAGCCGAGGGAAUCAAUGUUACAGCAGAGCCCGGCAAUGGAAUGCAUGGGAGAUUUUAUUUUCUUUUUCAUCAGCCAAUGAGAGUGGUAAACUGGUUACUAAUUUUAACAUGGCUCCUGGUGGGGUACCAGUUUUUCUGUCUCCUACAAAGCACAGAAUGGAAUCAUAUUGUCUGCAUAGCUCUUGUUUUAUUUUGUAAUUAUUAUACUCUGUUCAAGCUUUUAAGGGACAGAAUUAUUUUAGCCAAAGCUUAUAAAGAGGAAAUAUCUGAGGAAGAGAAGUGACAUUUUACCAUGACUUUACAUGACAAAACACUUUAAAAGUAUUUGUAUUUAUUUAUUGAAGCAGACCAUGCCAAAAUGACACCAAAAGUGUGAGUUUUUUUUUUGAACUGACAACUUCUAUAUACCAAGGGUAAUGCACUUUUUCUGCAUACUCAAUGAACAUAUGUAGUCCAUCUUCAAUGUGCAUGGGAUGGUUAAUUAACUUAUUUUUGUUGUACAAGAUGUAAAAUAACAAUUCAUGCUGAGCAUGUCUUAAAUGAGUAUUUUACAUAGAUAAAUAUAUUUGCAGCAUUGAA